AUGAAAUCUCGCUUAUUACUCUAUCACAUUCUAUCAUGCUGCCACGUGGCAUUUUUCGUCGCCGCGAGACCCGCUUCCUCCACAUCGUCGUUUCGAGACCUACAAGAAGCCGCCGAGAUUCUGGUGACGAAUCGGAAUAUUUUGGAGGAGGAUCGAGGCGAAACAUCGCAUCGAUUAAUUGGCUCAUUUUCGACGGUUGGCACUAAUUAUGAAACAGGUGGCGAUAUUGUUCAGGUGAGAGCUUUUCCGGAGCAGGUGCGGGGCUUUUUUUUGGCUCCUGACGUGAAGAAUUUUGAUUUUUAAUCAAAAUAUCGUAAAAUUUGGCUCAAAAUCUUCAUUUUCCGGGUCCUGACGCGAAAAAUAUUGAUUUUCGACCUGCGUAAACGCGGAGUAUCGUUGCAAUGCUGCAAAAUCGUAAUUUUUUCUUCCUGACGCGAAAAAUAUGAAUUUUUGUCCAAAACAUCGUGAAAAGUUGGGAUUUUUGAGCCCUAGAACGAUUUUUGCUGUGAAAAUUAAUUUUUUUCGGGUCCUGACGCGAAAACUAUUGAUUUUUGUCCAAAACAUCGUGAAAAGUGGGAUUUUCGAGUCUUUGAACGAUUUUCGGCUUGAAAAAUUGAAUUUUUGAUGUAUUUUCCGGGUCCUGAAGCGAAAAAUAUGAAUUUUUGACUGAUUUUGGCUUUAAAUUGCAUGUUUUUUGAAUCCUGCAGCGAAAAUAAAAGAUCUUUGACCAAAAUAUCGUGAAAAUAGGCUCUUGGACUUUUAAAAUUCGAAUUUUUCGCUUCAGAACCCGAAAAUACAUCAAAAAUUAAAUUUUUCAAGCCAAAAGUCGUUCUAAGACUCAAAAAUCCCAUUUUUCACGAUCUUUUGGUCAAAUAUUCAUAUUUUUCGCUUCGGGACCCGAAAAAAUCAAUUUUUCAAGAUGUUUUGGACAAAAAUUCAUAUUUUUCGCUUCGGGACCCAAAAAAAUUAAUUUUUCAAAGCAAAAAUUGCUUUAUUACCCAAAAUAUUCUAAUUUUCACGACAUUUUGGACAAAACUUCAUAUUUUUUGCUCCAGGACCCAAAAAAUCCGAAUUUUUCACGAUGUUUUGAACAAAAAUCCCAUAUUUUUCGCUUCAAAACCCAAAAAAAUCCGAAUUUUUUUCUCAUAUUCAAAAAAAAGUUUUGUGCUCUCUUCCGCCCCGAAUUCCCCGGAGACCAAUUGCGCUCUGCCGAAAAACAUGAGCGCGAGAAAAAAAAACCAAUUUUGGCCCCGCGCAAUAUUUCAUUUUUGACAUCCACUAUACAUUUUUCACACACAAAACAAAGGGAUGUGUAAUUUCCGGACCAAAAACAACAAAUAAACAUUUUGGUGGUCCGAAAAAAAAGAGAUAAUCUAAUUGUCAAAGGGAAAUAGUAGAAAGAAGAAAAAAAAAUGGGAAAAUGGCGAAGGAAAUUGAAUUUUUCUGGACAUUUUUAGGGAAAUUGGAAAAUACUCUAUGGAAAUGGAUAUUACCAGAUUAAGGGGUGGAAAUGCUGAAAAUCGUAGUUUUUAGCGAUUUUCAGCGCGAAAAUUCAGUCUAGAAGCAAUUUUUUUUCAAAAAAAAAACCUGCGCUCAUGGGGAAUCGAUCCCCUGACCUUUUACUCGGCAGAAAAAUCGAUUUUUGGUCAGAAUUUUGUGCUGAAAAUGCUGGAAAUUGUAGUUUUUUGCGAUUUUCAGCGCGAAAUUUCAACCCAGAAGCUUUUUUUUCAAAAAAAAAAACCUGCGCUCACGGGGAAUCGAUCCCCUGACCUUUUACUCGGCAGAAAAAUCGAUUUCUGGUCAGAAUUUUGUGCUGAAAAUGCUGGAAAUUGUAGUUUUCAGCGAUUCCAUGAGUUUCAGCGCGAAAAUUCAACCCAGAAGCUUUUUUUUUCAACAAAAAAACCUGCGCUCAUGGGGAAUCGAUCCCCCGACCUUUAACUCGGCCAGAAAAUUCGAUUUUCGGUCAGAAUUUUGUGCUGAAAAUGCUGGAAAUUGUAGUUUUCUGCGAUUUUACCGAAAAAUUGCCAUUUUUCCAUUUUCUUGUUGCAGUAAUUGUGUAUUUGUUUGUUAUUUGCAUCCGAAAUGUGCUCCGCCAUCUUUUUCUUCUUUUUUUGCUCUUUUUUUUUAUACAUGUGAAAAAUGUAUAAGAAAAAAAUUGGGGGGAUUCGGAAUUAUCCCAUAAAAAACGAGCGUAAUAAUUUCGCUGAAGUGGAUAGGGGCGGCGGCAAACAUCAAAGGGACAUUUUAGGAUUACACCCCCUGUACAAUUUGGUGUGUUUUAUGGCCAUUUUUCGCAUAAAACUGAGAGAUUUAUGAAUGAUUAGGAAGAAAUGAAGAAAUAAGCGAUUUCUCCACUUCUAGGCCAAUUUUUGAGCUGAAAAUCGUGAAAAUUCUGAAUUUUUGGUCACGGAACGUGAAAAUCGUGAUUUUUCGACUGGAAAUUAUCGAUUUUGAUCCACAAAUCAUGAAAAAUAGGAAUUUUUGGCUCCAAAAAUUCAAAUUCAAAUUUCUUUCAGGUUUCCUCAUUCCGCGCCUGUGAUGCCAGACGAAAAGGCCUCGAUCACACGGUUUUCGAGCAUGUUUCGGUGGUUUUUGUCGAUGAUGUACAGCCGUUUUUGACUGGAUGUGUUGCGUUGGAUAAUCAGGUGGGUCUGAGCUUCAAAUUGCAUGUUUUUUGAGUCCUAGAGCGAAAAUUGAAGGUUUUUUAAUCAAAAUAUCGUGAAAAUUGGGUUUUGGGCUUUUGAAAUUCAUAUUUUUCGCUUCGGGGCCCAAAAAUACACCAAAAAUUCAAUUUUCAAAGCAAACAUCGUUCUAGGGCUCAAAAAUCCAAUUUUUCACGAUUUUUAAUAUUUUUCGCUGCAGAACCCGAAAAAAUCAAUUUUUCACGAUUUUUUGGUCAAAAAUUCAUAUUUUUCGCUUCAGAACCCGAAAAAUCCAAAUUUUCACGAUGUUUUGGACAAAAAUCGAUAUUUUUCGCUUCAGAACCCGAAAAUACAUCAAAAAUUCAAUUUUUCAAGCCGAAAAUCGUUCAAAAACUCAAAUAUCCAAUUUUUCACGAUGUUUUGGACAAAAAUUGAUAUUUUUCGCUUCAGAACCCAAAAAUACAUCAAAAAUUCAAUUUUUCAAGCAUAAAAUCGUUCAAAAACUCAAAAAUCCAAUUUUCACGAUGUUUUGGACAAAAAUUCAUAAUUUUCGCUUUAGGACCUCAAAAAAUCCAAUUUUCGAAGCAAAAAUCGUUCUAGAACUCAAAAAAUCCAAUUUUUCACGAUGUUUUGUUCAAAAAUCGAUAUUUUCCGCUUCAGAACCCGAAAAUACAUCAAAAUUUCUAAUUUUCAAGCCGAAAAUCGUUCAAAAACUCAAAAAUUGAAUUUUUCAUGAUGUUUUGGACAAAAAUCGAUAAUUUUCGCUUCGGGACCAAAAAAAUUCAAUUUUGCAGGCUCGGUUUGCGGAAAAAUCCGGAGCAAUGGCUCUCGUCGUCGGCCCAGCUUCGCGCGUCGAAAAAACCCUUCGCCCUCAAUUCUCCACCCAAGCCAAAAUCCCAAUCAUCGUUCUCAACGACACCGAAACUCUGAAACUCCGCCAACUUCUCGAUGUCGCACAAGGUUCCAUGAUCAAACUACGUAUCAACUUUGCGCAACCCGAAAACGCUUCGAAAAUCCUCAAGCUCCAAGUGUUCCGACCGACAUUGCUCAAUAUUUGUUUGAUCGGGCUGCUUGUGGUUCUGGUGAUUUUUGUGUCGCUGUUGGUGGUGAUCAAGAUUCGAUGUCAACCAAGUAUGCAUCGAGAAUUGUGGUUGAGAGCGUUGGCGAGAACGGCGCUCGCAAAAAUGGAGACGAGACAUUUUUCGAAGGAAAAAAAGCGGGAAAAGAGACCUAGACCUCUUCAAAAACUGGCAUCCGCAUCAAAUUCGAGCUAUUUUGCUGUUUUUGGAUCACUUACUUCAGGUUAGGCGGGAAAAAAAGCUAAGCUAAAAUCACUUUUUGCAGUAGCCGCAUCUUCUUCCAACAGUCAAGAGCGUUGCGUGAUUUGCCUGGAAGAAUACGAAGAGGGAACCGAACUACGCGUUUUAUUCUGCGGCCAUGAAUUCCACCCAAAAUGCGUUGAUCCAUGGCUUCUCUCAAGAAGAAGAUGCCCACUUUGUCAAUUUGACGUGGUUUAUAAACAUUAUCCGAUUGUUGAUGAUGGAGAGAAGGUGGAGACUCCAAAUUCCGAUACAUCUUCCCUACUUCCUCCACCAAAUCCACCAUCAUUUCUGCAUUCGGAGAUGAAUCCGAAUCGAGUUCGACUAACUCGUCCCCUACCGCGUCGUGUUCCGCGAGCGAGAAGUUGUCCGCGACGCCGACAAUUACGAUCGAGAAAUCAAUUGGAGUUUCGAAAUCGGCUUGGCGGAUAUUCUUCCGAUGUUUCGUCGUCGCAUUUUGAACAAUGUGUAUAA